AUGUUGAGUUUCAGCCGUGUCGAUAUCAGCAGCUUUAUUUCGUCUGGAAUUAGCGGGGUUGCUGUCUUGGAUAGAACAAACCUUUCUAAUAUCCUACAUUCUGCAUCAGGCACCUUGGAGUUUCUCAAGGGCGUUGACACAAGCCACCUCGUCGCGUAUGGAGCCGGCGCCGUGGCCGUGCAUUAUGUCGUCUCUUCGUUCGCAACCUGGCAGCCACUACGGCACGUCCCGGGCCCGUUUCUCGGGUCUUUUUCCUACUUGUGGCUGAUACGAAACAACUUUCUCGGCAUCUCCAGCGCUCAGUUGGUUGGCCUGAAAAAGUACGGGUCGGUCGUGCACGUGGCCCCCAACUACGUUCUCACCGACGACCCGGCCGCCCUGCGCCGCAUAUCGGGUGCCCGGAGCGCAUAUGGCCGAGACGCCUGGUGGACGGCGUUGCGAAUCGAUCCACGCCAAGAUAAUAUGCUUACUACUACCGACACGGCCGCCCAUGACCGGCUCAAGGCGCAAACUUCCAUGGCUUACAGCGGCCGCGACAACGUCGACAUUGAAGGCGGCAUCGACAUCCAGCUGGCCAAGCUCAAGGAUACGAUCCGGCAGCACUACCUUUCGACGCCGACCGAGAUGCGGAAAGCCGACUUGGUCUGGAUUAUUCGUUACUUCACCAUGGAUUCUAUCACCUUUCUCGCCUACGGUGAGCCGUUUGGCUAUCUGAAAGCCAACGAAGACCUGUUUGGCUUUAACAGGCAGGUCCAAAACUUUACUAAACCGAUGAGCAUAGUUGUCGACACCCCCAUACUGCGUAACUUUGUCAAGUCUCCGCUGGCUCCUCAUUUUAUGCCCAAGACCACGGAUAAGGAGGGAAUGGGCAGGCCUAUUGCCUUGGGACAGGAAUUCGUCGGAAGCCACUUCGACACUGACUUUAAAGACGCAAAAGGCAUGGUAGGCUCGUUUAUGCGGCAUGGGCUUACGCGGGAGCAAUGCGAAGCCGAGUGCGUCGUGCAGGUGAUUGCCGGGGCCGACACGACGGGUACCACGAUCCGGUCGGCGCUGAUGUUAGUAACUAGCACCCCUCGGGUCUAUAGUCGCUUUGUGGAGGAGAUCAAGUCAGCUGUCGACAGCGGUCUGGUAUCGUCAUCGACGACCAUUACCUACGAGCAGGGCAAGAAGUUGCCGUAUUUGCAGGCCGUAAUAUAUGAGGCCAUUCGGGUCCGCCCACCCGGGCUGUAUUAUGGGCAUUUCAAGAGCGUCCCUCCCGGUGGCGAUACUGUUGACGGCGUGUUUCUGCCGGGUAGCACCGCGAUCAGCCGCAGUUUGAUUGGCAUGAUGAUGUCGACUGAAAUAUUUGGAUCCGAUGCUGAAAUAUUCCGACCCGAGCGAUUCCUCGAGGUCGAUGCCGCCAAGAGAGUCGAGCUGGAACGGGUGGUGGAACUCGCCUUUGGCCACGGACGGUGGAUGUGCGCCGGAAAGCACGUGGCGUUCACUCAGCUGACCAAGGCAAUAUUCGAGCUGCUAAGGGCGUUUGAAUUUCAGACUAUAUGUCCAUCAAAGCCCUGGAAAGAGGAGUCGGGAAUCUUUUGGAAUCAAACGGAUAUGUUGGUGAGGAUUACGGAGCGCAGGCAAGAUCUAUAA